AUGGCUGAGAUCCGUCGCAAGCUCGUUAUCGUCGGUGAUGGUGCCUGCGGUAAGACCUGUCUGCUUAUUGUGUUCUCAAAGGGCACCUUCCCCGAGGUCUACGUCCCCACCGUUUUCGAGAACUACGUCGCCGAUGUUGAGGUUGAUAACAAGCACGUCGAGCUUGCUCUUUGGGAUACUGCUGGCCAGGAAGAUUACGACCGUCUCCGUCCUCUUUCAUACCCCGAUUCACAUGUCAUUCUGAUCUGUUUCGCGGUCGACUCGCCCGACUCGCUCGACAACGUCCAGGAGAAGUGGAUCUCCGAGGUCCUGCACUUCUGCCAGGGUCUCCCCAUCAUUCUUGUUGGUUGCAAGAAGGAUCUUCGUGAUGACCGCAAGACUAUCGACGAGCUUGCCAAGACCUCACAGCGCCCCGUUUCGACAGAACAGGGUGAGGAAGUCCGCAAGAAGAUCGGUGCCUACAAGUACCUUGAGUGCUCGGCCCGCACCAAUGAGGGUGUCCGCGAGGUCUUCGAGGCUGCCACCCGUGCUGCCCUCUUGAAGGCUGUCAAGGGCAAGGGAGGCCGCAAGAAGGGCGGCUGCCUGAUUCUGUAA